AUUUGUCACUAAUAAUACUUCAAUUUAGUUUAGUUUUUGUACACAACAGAAUCGUAAUCUAGAUCAUUUCGAGGCUUAUAAUCAAUUAUGCAAUUAAACAAACAUAUAUGACAGCAAUGACGAAAGUAGAAAGAUCAUUAAAAUCUACUAAUCACGUUCCAUCGUGAUAAGUCUUUAAAAAUGGUAGUGCGCACGCUAAGUGUCAACACAGUUUCUUGUUUCAAAUCUCAUUUAGAAGAUUUAAGAUGUGGUACGCGGCUUUAGUUAGGUUUAUCCGAAGACGGCUCGUCUUAGGGAUAAUAUUUGUAUCCUCACUGACUUACUGCAUCGUCAGUUUUUGGAGAGAGGGAGGAAGCAGGAACAUGGCAUACCAGGACAUCAUGAUUGAGAGGAAGCCAUUUGUGUGGCGAACGCUACAGGAGCACAAUGAUACAGUAGAUAAUAUUGUGUGCAGGAACUCUGUGCAGGGGAAAACCUUCAUAGUUGAUGAUAGAGGCUAUGUUUGCAAAAGAAACCACAUGAACAAGAAUGGCUGCUGUGACCCAGAUGCAGAGUCGACCAAGAGAUAUGGCUGUGACAGCUGCAAAGAGAACCACUGCUGUGCUAUCUACGAAUUCUGUGUCUCAUGUUGCUUAGACCCGGGCAAGAGAGACAUGUUAGAAUUGGUGCUAUCAAAACUAUCAGCAGAAGAAAAUGUUUUAUUCCGCUCACUAUCAGAUGACUAUGAAUUGUGCUUGACCAAAUGCCGCACCAGCUCGCACAGCGUGCAGCACGAGAACUCUUACAAGGACCCAACACACAAACACUGCUUUGGGGAUGAACCUCCGGGGACGAGAAGCCCUGAUUAACAGUUGCUUACUUUUCCGGUAGUGGUUCCUUUUGCUGUAUUUUACUCAUAAAGAUUUUUUGACUCGGUUUUCUAUGACAGUAUCAAAAGCUACAAAGUUCAGUAACUAAGAGAAGUUCAAAAUGAGCUUUGAGCUAUAGCUAUGGGGAUAACUUGACCCUCAAUCUAGGUGGCAACACCAAUAUGCCUAGUCUUUACAUCGGUUAGAGGUGACAAGUUCUUGAAAAACCUCAGGAGAUGCCUGGAAUGUGUUUAGAAACGUCUAAGAUAAUAUAUAUGAACUUAGAAUCUGCAUUUUUUUUUCUAAGUGCAGCAAUACAAUGAGCGACACUAAUAAGAGUAUUUAUAGAGUUACCAUUAAUCAGAAUGUGUUGUGUCAGUGCUGGAAUUUUGCAAUAGAUAUUACGCUGAAACGUUAUAUGCAUAUUGGUUAAAUAUAUAUAAAUAUGUGUGGUACCAAUAUAUAGCGACAUUAGCGGCUUAACGCACGCCGCUGCCGCGCGUACUUAUUAGGCGGGCCAGGCGGGGCCUCUAACAUCUUUACAGUUUGACUUGACGUUAUGCCUGAUGUUGCUUAUACCCUCCACUUGUGCAUAUCUCUUUUACUAUAAAUUGUAAAAUGAUACUGCUGCUUUCAUGGCGUAAACGCAACGUGAGGGUUAACACAAUGAAUUUAUAAUAAUUAUAGUACUAAGAGACAUAGUUAAUAACGUUUAACACUUAAAUGUCCUUGCCAAAGUUAGACUGCGGGGUGGUUUUCACUGGUAAAAAUGCAGUUUAAAAUACUUAAAGCAUUAGUAACUAAGAGAUUAUUUACUUAUUAAGCUUAACUAAGACAAUUUAACAAUAAAGACAGUACAAUUCUGUACAAAGUCGCGGUCUGUGCAAUUGUUGUAGAUGGCGCCACUACAUAUUUUGUCAUUAGAUAUUCAUUGAUUGCACUUGUAAAGUCGCAAGACAAAUUCUUGCGUAGAAUUUGGCACCUAAUUUACUAACAUUAUUCGGUAAUUCUGGUUGUCAAACGUUGGUUUUUGACAUCUGACGCACCACAGAACAUAUGGUGCCGUUGAUACAUCUUCCUCAGCUGUCAAAAACUUUACCCGUGAAAUUAAUGAAUCUUUGUUUGUAAUACAUGUAUGGAACUGAGACUGAGACGUGGCUGAGAUGUCACACCUACCACUUUUUGCAUUGAAAACAAUUGUUUUGUCUUUAUUAUCAAUUUGUCUCUGGUAAGAGUAUGUAUACGUAAUGUCCAUUAAAUUAGUUAUUUUUUUAUACAUGAAAGUUAGUAUGUCGUAAAUUAUAAGCAAGAGCAAAAAACAAGAGGCAAACGUGAAUAUAUAAAUAUGGACAUUACAUCUGUUUCGAUAUUUCAGGGAUUCUUUGCUUGAUAGAAUUUUUAAAAGGUGCAAUAUGUAAUAACACACAUGUAUAGUCACUGUAAUAACUGAUAUUGACGAAUAACACUCCACCAGUGAAAUAAAACAAGAGAUGUAGUUAAGUAUUUCUUAUAAAUUACAGAAUACAGUCUAUCUUAGGAACUACUUACCCUAUGCCUUAUCGACGCGCUAGAUUCAGUUUAGCGACCAGAGAUUCCAACUAGAUAUAUUAUUAGAUAUUCAGCUGUUAUAAAUCAAUUUGUUAAAGAGAAUAGAGUUAUAUAUUAAAAAAUAAUCCUUCAUUUGGUAGUAACCUGCACAAGUACAUAUACUGCUUUUACAAUUAUUGACAAAACCUUAUUAACUUUUACAAUUCGGACUACGGAUUCUUAAAGUGACAAUCUACUUACACUCGUAGAUAUGAACAACCUAAUGAUCAUAUUUAAAAAAAAAACGUUUAGACCACAUGAAUUUAAUUAGGUACCAAUUGACAAAAUAAUUUACGAAUUAUUUUUUGUACGACAGGCCACAAACAACCUGUAUAUCUAUUUAGCCAAAUACCUACCCAGACCAAUAAAAUUAUGUACAUACAUAAGUAGGUAAAUGACUAGGCGCACGUGUUAAGUUUUUCCCGGUAAUUACAGGGUGGACAAAUAAGAAGUAUACAUUUUGUUUUUAAAUUUUAACUGUAUUAAGUUCAAAAAUUAUUAAUUAUUGUUUUAAAAAUAUAUUCUUCAGGGUUGGCAAAUUCAUGCGAAACAUAAUGUCUGACAUAUGUCCACCUCUAACAGCAGGCAAAUGUAAGCCCUUAUCAUCCCAAUGUUUAGCAUCUAUUCGCACAUUUUUGGCAUUAUCUUAGUACAUUUGUGUCGAAUACUCGGUUUUAACUGUUUAAAUUUCAUCAGCUCGUUAGCAUAGACACGUAAUUUUAGAUAGCCCCACAGAAAUAAGUCAAGAGCUGCAACAUUUGGGGAAUUUGGGUGCCAAUCACUGUCACUUUUUUUCAAAAUUAAUCGAGCAAACAACGUGUUUUAAACAACAGAAACAUUUGAGAUAAAAUUGCUUGCUGCUAGUGGUAGACAUUUGGCAGAAAUUAUCUUCCGUAUACAAUUGCCAACCCUGAAUAAUAUAUUUAUGAAAAAAAUAUUUAAUAAAAUUUCCACUUCUUGUAAUUAAAAUUUAAAAACAAAGUGUAUCAUUCUUAUUUGUCCACCCUGUAUAUUUAUUUCGACAGUAGUUUGUAUAGCACAAUUACUAUUUUAAUGUUAGGUAUUUGUUACGUUUAAAACAUGUGAGAAAUAAGGUAGAUGUCAAAAUGGUGGUCCUGACGCGUAGCGACCAAGUGAUGUUGUAAUUUCGCACAACUUGCGGUUUUUCACUAUUAUUCGCUAAAUGGCAAGUAAUUUCACCAUUUUUCAAAUGGCUUUUUUCAUAAUUCAUAUGGAUAAUAUUUUGGUAUCUUAUUCUACUUUUGCAAAGACAAAGGAACAUAUUAUCCAAAUAUCAAGGAUUUCAUUGCAGAUAAUCGAUACACCUACGGACGGAGAAUGAAGGCCAAGAAAGUUGUGUGAAAUUCAGACAAAUACAUCCACCUUAAGGACGUUAAAGAAAUUACAAUAAAUGAGAACACCAAAAUAUUUUAGUAUUUAAGUAAGUGUGGGAUUAUCGUUUUUAGGCAAAAGCAAAUGUCUUUAUAAAAGCGAUUAUAAAGUGUAUUUAAAUAGAGAGUAUACCAGGUUAAUUGCAAUAAAAAUGUACAUUGUGAAGGCCUUUUGAGUCUUAAUUCAUCCAUAUUAAAUUCAUUAUAAUGUAUCGAAAAUUACUCAUAUAAAUUGUAAUGUCAGUCAUACCAAAGAGAAUUUGAAAUAGAGGUGGAUUGUCGAAAAAAUUUUGUAGCCGCAGUAAAUUUACUGCUAUCUUUUGACACACGACAUGAUUAAAACUUUUAGAACGCCAUUUGACUUUGAUCCUUAUUCUUUCACUGAUAUGUGUUAAAUUUGUUAAAUAUCAAAAAGUGGCGCCUUCUAAUAAAACAAAGGCCAAAGGUAUCGUUUCGAGCGAUGGCGCCACAACCUUCAGCCGAUGCCCGGUAACAAUCCACCUCUAUUUCAAAUUCUCUUUAGUCAUACACAAGUUUAAAGCGCGCGCGUUUAGUAGCGUAAAAACAAUACUAGUUUUCGUAACAAUCGAAUCAAUUAAAUUAAGACUAAUUGCAAAAAAUGUCAUAGUUAAGUUCUUAACUGUGAAUUUUUUUGCAAUUCACCUACCGACUUGCUUUAUGCUACAAAGUCUUACAGUAAAGUACCUCCUUAAAAUUGAAGAGUGAACUGUAAAUAUAGCACUAGCUGAUCGAAGAUAUAGAUUGUAAGUUUGACCUAGAAUAGUAUUUUUUUACUAUAAAAUUAAGUUUAAGAAAUCUAUUUGAAACACAUCACAAAUCGUGCAUGUUUAUAUGCAGUUUGAGUUUCUAUGUAAUGUAAUGAAUGAUCUUUAAGGGCUUAUUUAGAGUGUAACAGAACUCGCGAAUGCGAGUUUCAUUACAUUGCGGUAUUUGAUAGGUCGGCUGAAAUGGAUGUAACCUCAAUAGUCCGCAACGUAACUAAAAUUGCAUGUCAGUUCGCGCGCCGUCUAAAUGAGCCCUAAAUCAGAACAAUGAUUGAUGGAUCUUCGAAGUGACAUGUACAUAUGUAAUUUGAAAAUAAAUCCUCUUCAAUCGUUUA